GGCGAGGGUACUGCCGGGCUGGGGCGCGUUGACGCGGAGCGGCGGCGGCCAUGGACGACGAGGAGGAGACGUACCGGCUGUGGAAGAUCCGCAAGACCAUCAUGCAGCUCUGCCAUGACCGUGGCUACCUGGUGACCCAGGAUGAGCUGGACCAGACACUGGAAGAGUUCAAGGCCCAGUUUGGGGACAAGCCGAGUGAAGGGCGGCCACGGCGCACAGACCUCACGGUGCUGGUGGCCCACAACGACGACCCCACUGACCAGAUGUUCGUCUUCUUUCCAGAGGAGCCUAAGGUCGGCAUCAAGACCAUCAAGGUGUACUGCCAGCGGAUGCAGGAAGAGAACAUCACCCGCGCCCUCAUCGUGGUGCAGCAGGGCAUGACCCCCUCCGCCAAGCAGUCGCUGGUUGACAUGGCCCCCAAGUACGUCCUGGAGCAGUUUUUGCAACAGGAGCUGCUCAUCAACAUCACAGAACACGAGGUGGGGGCCUCAGAUCCUGGCUAUGCCAUUGAGUAUAACCUCCCUAAGAUUGGUUCAGGUUGGGCUGUUGCUCAGACACCUGCCUCAGGCCUCAUGGAAGAGGUGCCCCCUCCUUGGAUACGGGUGGAUUGA